CACUGAUACGCCAGGAAUGCGGUGCCCCUACGCAAUAUUAACAGCGUGCGCGCACUCACACGUAUUUGAAGAAAGGCGUUUUACUGUUCCGAGUUCCGAAGAGGAAGCAGUGAAAAUUGGGCGAUCGGUUGCGCGUUGGAAGCCAAACACUGACAACGCCAUCUUCGACUGCAAGGUUCUGUCGAGAAAUCAUGCACUUCUGUGGCAAGAAGAUGGCGCUUUUCUGCUCAAAGAUACGCGAAGCAGCAAUGGAACAUUCGUGAACAAUGAACGGCUCUCAAAAAGUGCGGAAGAGAGUGUGGCCCGACAGAUUUUCUCUGGCGAUAUAUUGCAGUUUGGCGUAGAAAUUGUUGAAAAUGCCAACAAAAAAGUUUGUGCACCAGAGAAUGCCAGUGAUUAUCAUAACACUUACGACAGUGACUCGUCCUCGAUAACACUGCCGCUAAUUGAUCCUCACCAGCUGUUCCAGUUGCAGCAGUACAUGCGUGAAGCAGUGUUCCGAGAACGUGCUCUGGAAGAGAAGCUUGCCAGGCUGCAGCGUGUCCUCUCUUCUACUGAACAAGCUGCCGAAACGAGCUGGCAGGCUUUGAUAAACGAGGAACAGAUGCUGUCAAGGAUAGAAAUGUUGGAAGGACAACUUGCACUGUACUCAAAGAAUGCCGUUAGCGAGAAAAUUAAGGAGCAAAUGAGUGACAUACUUGCCGAUAAGAAUAAAUUCGAAACACUUGCAAAGGAAUCACUACGCAGAGCGCAGGAAGAGCGCUGCGAAGCCCUGCAACGACUUGCCGAUGUGGAAAGGAGCCUUCUGAAUGCUGAGGAGAACUCAAAUGUCCUGGGGCAACGCGUUGUGGAUUUGGAAUGUGAGCUUGCUGUAGCGAUCGAUACGAAUGGUUCGCUCAGGGAGCAAGUUACACAGCUACAGAAACAACUGAAAUCGGCCGAAGCGAACUACGGGCAUCUUGCGUACGGAGAUUCCGAAGCUGUAUUGUUACUUUGUGUAUUGCCAUUAUUUUCGCUGGUAUUUGCUGCUUAUGGUUUUGGAACACUGCUUGGCCCAACGAUGCUCAGGAAGAUGAAAAGAAGCUAGAA